AUGGUUCUACUCUCUGAAAUUCCCGGCGGCUCUAAUGGCGACGAUCCAAACAUGAAUCCUCAAGAACUUCCAGAAGAACUCAUCGAAAGCAUUGUUGCACCCAUCCCAAGAUGUUAUUACCCGUCGCUAUCUCUCCUCUCCAGAGCCUUUCGUCACGUAAUCACUUCGCAGCAACUCUUCGUAACUCGCUCGGGCCUCGGUUUUAAGGAACCGGUUCUUUAUGCCUUCAUCGGAUGCACACCGUAUACUACCCCAAGGUGGUUCAUUCUUCGUCGGAGCAACAUCCCAUUACAAUUACGCAGACUCAAUUCACUUCCUCAUAUGUUUCCUGGAGCAGCUGUUGUCACAAUCGGAUACAAGAUCUACGUAAUGGGUGGUUACAAUUAUCAACCCGUAUCUACUGUGAUUAUCAUCGACUGCAGAUUCCAUACGUGGCACUAUCUCCAGGAUAUGCAAAGAGCUCGUUACCAUGCAACCCCCGGAGUAAUUGACGGAAGGAUUUAUGUGAUCGGAGGACGCAAGAAACAAGAUGCUGAUUGGGUUGAAGUGUUUGAUGUGACAACUGAGAGCUGGGAAACUGUGCCUACUCAAUGCCCUAACGAGGCUAGUGAGAAUGGAUUGUUUGUUACAUAUGCGGUGAUGCAGGGCAGGAUCUUGGGCGUGUUUUUGCUUACGAACCAAGACAAGGUUUAUGGCAGUCAUUGGGAGUUAUAUGUCAGUUGA